ACACGGUAGUUAGUUCUGGAACACCAGUCUUUUUUUAUUCCUACGAAGGUCGAUUAGACAGACACAUUAGCAACUGUACUGAGUCGCUUUCUUCAAACACGAAGGCAUUUUCUUGUUAUAUUUCACUAGCUAGCUUUAUCAAUUGAAAAUGCCAAGAGGAAGCAGAAGCCGGACGUCAAGAAUGGCCACUCCAGCCAGUCAACAAAUGUUCCGUCCUCGCAAUAACCAUCUUUCACAUGGACACUGAAAAGAUCUGCAAAUGGCUGUAUGUGGUAUGGAUCGAGGACAGGAGAGGUGCUUAAAGGAAGGCGCACAGAUGGCCAAGGAAGUUGCACAGAACUUCCCCAACAUCCCCUCCCAAAUUGAUAUGGAAAUUUCAAAAACACAUGGAGCAACUGCAAAAAGAAAUGGCUGAGGACAUACUAAAAAUGUCUGAGUUCAACAAAGCCAACAACUGCUUCAUGUGUGCCACUGAUAAAAGAACCUGGAUGUGGCCCAAAGACUGACUGGGAUAUCCCCACCGCCUCCUCCCAUGGCCAGGGCUGCACCCCCACCAUCCUACGCUCCAGCGCCUGCCCGUGCCCCUCCGUCCGCCAUGGCUGCCCCAGCCGCUGCUGCUCCCCGGCAGCCAGGCAUGUUUGCGCAGAUGGCCACCACAGCCGCUGGGGUAGCCGUUGGCUCAGCCGCAGGGCACAUGAUCGGCCACGCAAUGACUGGAGGGAUGGGUGGAGGCGGGGGAAGCCAGGAGGCUGCCAAGCCUGAUGUCACCUACCAGGAGCAGCCCCAGCAGUACCAGCAGCAGUACCAACAGCCACCCAUGUACCAGCCAGCACAGUAUCAGCAGCAGCCCCAGUCCAUGUUCAAGCAGGAGCCUGCUCCACAGCAGGGAACCUGCUCCUACGAGUUCAAGCAGUUUAUUGAGUGUGCUCAGACCCAGAGUGACCCGAAACUCUGUGAAGGCUUCAGCGAGGUGCUCAAGCAGUGCAAGUUAUCCAAUGGGAUGUCCUGAGAGGGAGACGAACAACCCCAUCAACGCUGAACACACAUACACACAAUACUACUAAACAAGUCAUUUGUUUUGACAGUUGAUCAAAUAACUUAAUCAUAUGAACAAUAAAAGCAUUUCUCAGGUUGAUGCUGUGAAGCUUGUAAUAAGUUAUGUAUAUGUUUAAAUUUGUUUGGUUUGUUGCAAGUUUUAAUUUUUCCCUUUGUCCACCCAUUUCCAUCAUAUCUGGAUUAGGGUUGUACAGUCACAAUUUGCUUGUAACAAGCAUAGGAUCUAAUAAAGCUGAUGUGAAUCACAUUAAAUAA